UUUCUGUGUGCUAAACUUUGAGCCUUUUCUUUAUAAGUCUUGCUUUAUUGGUUCUUUGACAUUCUUUUCUCUUGAUUCUUUGAAUUUCCUAACAUAUUUUCUCCUUAGUUUCUGAAGGGAUUUGGGGUUUGCACUACUUUUAGUCAAAAUAGUGGAGAAAGAAAGAAAUGGCAGGACAUGGAAGAGUAGCUUCAGCACCAAUUGCAAGUGACCCAGUGCCACAUCCACCAAAGAUUCAGCUUCCCAAUGUUUCCUACUGCAUUUGUAAUCACCCCCCAUGGCCUGAGGCUAUUCUGCACGGUUUUCAACAUUAUCUUGUUAUGCUUGGUACAACAGUUAUCAUCCCUACAACUCUGGUUCCACAAAUGGGAGGUGGAAAUGAGGAGAAAGCCAAAGUUAUUCAGACAUUGCUAUUUGUUGCUGGUCUGAACACCUUGUUGCAGUCUCUCUUUGGGACCAGACUGCCUGCUGUGAUGGGAGGGUCUUACACCUUCGUUGCACCUACAGUCUCGAUUAUCAUUUCUGGACGAUGGAGUGAUGAAGACCCUGUUUCGGUUGGUGUCUUCUUCAAACACUUAGUUAUUUCUCUUCUAUUGUUUGGAUCAUCUGUUAAUCAACUAAUUAUUUGUUGAAUGUCGGAGUCAAAAGCAGAGAUAUUGGUCUAGUUAGCUUUUCUAUGGAGUUAGUUGGGGAAUGCAUGGAAUAAGCAGUUCAACAGUUGUUAUUGUCAUUUAGGUAGGAUGCUGGGAGAACAAACUAGAG